AUGCUCUCUCGAAUCCCUACCCAGACGCAUAACGCUUACCCCGACUAUCACGACUAUACACAACGCCCCGAACUGAUCACCUCGGUCAAAGCCCCCCAGCAACUCUCCUCCGGCGUCCAACAAGAUCAUCAGACGUUCAAGACCGAGAAUCUGCAAGCUGGUCGCAAGAGAAGAGAUUCCGAGGUUGAUGGCGACGAGUCUGCGGAGGCGGCAGGCGUUCGCCGUCGCAUAAGUCGAGCAUGCGAUCAAUGCAACCAACUUCGCACCAAGUGUGAUGGCAAACAACCUUGUGCACAUUGCACCGACAACUCUCUUGCCUGUGAAUAUGCCCGAGCUCACAAGAAACGUGGCCGCGCGCCUAAGAAGGAGACUGAUCAAAUGGACGAUCCGACUUUCUCAAACUCGAACAUGAACCACCUCCCUCAGCCAAAUACAAUGCCUCAACUGGGGAGCAGGAAGUAUUCAAAUACAACUUCUUACGCCGGUCAAGACCUUCUAGGAGAUAGCCAUGCUCUUCCUUCGAACAACACCCCUCCAUCCGCCACCUUCGAUCCGAACCAUCAGAAUGCAUUUUUCACCAGUUUCGAUCCUUCUUCUGGGUUGAACAUGCCUGCGCCCGGUCAGAUGCAUGACAUCGACCAGUCUUUGGUGCCUCAGAUGAACCAAGCUCGAGCCAUGGAUUUCUCGGUUUCGAAUCAGGCAUUCUCGACGCAGGGGCUCGACUCGAUGCACGUUCAAGGCGUCAACACCGGUUUCGGAUUUCCGCUUGGAGAUGAUUAUUCAGUGGCAUUCAUGGGCAAGGCUCCCAUGGUGGAAUCCCCAGACUGGCUAUCUCUCACAUCCCCAUUAUUUGUUACCGAACCUCUUCCCAAUCAGCCGAGAAUUACCGACACUUUGAGAUACCCUGUGCUCCGACCACUACUUCCACAUAUCGAGUCAAUCAUUCCACAAAGUCUAGCUUGUGAUCUACUGGAGCAAUACUUCACCAGCACCACCUCGGCCUAUUUAAGACCGGCUAAUCCGUACGUGCUGGGCUAUAUCUUCCGUAAAAAAUCACUACUUCACCCCACCGAUCCUCGACCAUGUACGCCAGCUCUACUUGCAAGUAUGCUUUGGACGGCGGCGCAAACAAGCGAUGCAGCCUUCUUGACCACCAACCUUGAUGCCCGUGGGCGCAUCUGUCAAAAGCUACUCGAACUGACGAUAAACAUGCUCAAACCGCUCAUUCAUAGCCAUCCAAAUACCUCUGCUGUGACACCGAAUCCCAACUACCCCCAAAUGAUAUCCAGCGAUGCAGGUCUGGGUGCUUUGGUGGUACCCACGCAUUCGCCUGGCAGUGCAAUCGAACGCUCACAAAUUGACAACCUCGCCACAUACAUCCAUCUGGCAACGGUCGUUUCUGCCAGUGAACGGAAAGCCGCAAGUCUGCGAUGGUGGAAUGCAGCGUGGUCCUUGGCCCGCGAAACUCGUCUUGGACGCGAACUCCCACCAAAUUCAACUGAGCAGGAUGGGGAGGAAGCCGGGAAAAACUCAGGCGAUAACCAGGGGAAUGACGGUCGAAAGAAUUCGGUCGAUGAGAACCGCCGCAAGGCCGUCGGUUAUGUUUCGGAAGAAGAAAGGGAAGAACGACGCCGAACAUGGUGGCUCCUAUACAUGCAAGACCGUCAUCUUGCGCUAUGUUACAAUCGACCCAUGUUCUUCCUCAACAAGGAGUGUGAAGGCCUCCUCCAGCCAAUGGACGACGAAGCUUUCCAAGCUGGGAGAUUCGACAAGGCUUCCGACCCGGCUCAUCGCCGUCGUGGAUUGAACAUUGAAUGCACAUCCCACAGCGUUUUCGGCUACUUUUUGCCUUUGAUGGUGAUACUCGGGGAAAUCCUCGAUCUCAACCACGCCCGCAACCGACCUCGAUUCGGCCCGAGAUCUCAUCAGCCCAAGAGCUGGGACGAAGCUACCGACGAAAUCACGCAGCAGCUGGAAAUGUACGGCCAGAGUCUGAAAGAUUUUGAGGCAUCCAAUGGGCAUGUAGACACCAGUCAUAAUGAGGUCGUCACGCCCUCCGUGGUUUCGGCAGGCACCAAUGACUCACACAGCGCCUCCGAGCUCGCCUUGCAGACCAAGACGGUGGUCGCAUAUGGAACGCAUAUCAUGCAUGUCCUCCAUAUAUUAUUGACCGGCAAAUGGGACCCAAUCGCAUUAUUGGACGACAAUGACCUAUGGAUAUCAUCCCUAUCAUUCGUCACCGCUACCGGCCAUGCCGUUAGUGCAGCUGAAGCUGUUGCCGAAAUCAUCGAGGACGAUCCAGACCUGAGCUUCAUGCCCUUCUUCUUUGGAGUUUAUCUACUCCAAGGUAGUUUCCUGCUCCUAUUGUUUGCAGACAAAUUGCAAGGCGAUGUCUCUCCCGAUGUGGUCAAGGCUUGUGAAACGAUUGUUCGCGCACACGAAGCGUGUGUGGCCACGUUAGAUACUCAAUACCAGCGAAACUUCCGAAAAGUCAUGCGCUCGGCGCUGCAGCAGGUUCGAGGUCGGAUCCCGGAAGAUGUGGCAGAGCAACAACACUGGCGUCGUGAAGUGCUCGCGCUUUAUCGGUGGACUGGCGAUGGCACUGGUCUUGCUCUUUGA